AUGGAUAAUUACAGAGUAAUCUACUCAAAACUGAAUUUGCCCCCAAACCCGAAGAACCAGGAGAGAAAGUCUAAGGGCAAAAAAAGUUCCAUUUUAGUAACUGAGCAGGAAAUAACCUAUGCGGAAUUAAGUCUUCAAACUGCUUCUCAGGAUCUACAAGACAAGGACAAAACUUGCCACAGCAAAGAUUUAUCAUCGCCUCCAGAGAAGCUCAUUGCUGGCAUCCUGGGAAUUAUGUGUUUGGCAUUAAUAGUGACCAUGGUAACAAUAGUUAUUAUUCUUU